UGUAUUUUUACCUUUUUAGAGCUGUAUUAUAAAGCGAUACUGUGAGAAAAGAUUUGUGUCUAAAUACCUUGCAACAAUUGGAAUUGACUAUGGAGUCACGAAGGUACAAGUCAGAGACAGGGAAAUCAAAGUUAACAUCUUUGAUAUGGCUGGACACCCCUUCUUCUAUGAGGUUCGCAAUGAGUUUUACAAGGACACACAGGGUGUGAUACUGGUCUAUGAUGUUGGGCAGAAAGACACCUUUGAUGCCCUUGAUGCAUGGCUGGCAGAAAUGAAGCAAGAUCUUGGACCUCACGGAAACAUGGAAAAUAUUGUAUUUGUAGUGUGUGCCAACAAGAUUGACUGUGCCAAGCACCGCUGUGUCGAUGAAAGUGAAGGGCGCCUUUGGGCCGAAAGCAAAGGGUUCCUGUACUUUGAGACUUCAGCACAAACUGGAGAAGGAAUUAAUGAGAUGUUCCAGACCUUUUAUGCAUCCAUAGUUGAUUUAUGUGAAAAUGGCGGGAAACGUCCUAUUACAAAUAACAGUGCUAGUUUCACCAAAGAACAAGCAGACACCAUUCGCAGAAUUCGAAACAGUAAAGACAGUUGGGACAUGUUGGGAGUCAAACCUGGGGCCUCAAGGGAUGAAGUCAACAAGGCGUACCGGAAGCUCGCUGUACUGCUUCACCCUGACAAAUGCGUAGCACCUGGCAGUGAAGAUGCCUUCAAAGCAGUUGUGAAUGCCCGAACAGCCCUCCUGAAAAAUAUCAAGUAGAACGUAGGAAAAAAGACGAGGGUGGGCCUCCAGUGCAAACAGACUUUCCCUAGAGGUAAAAGAGCCAACAUGGAUUUUAUUUCCUCCGCAAAAAUUUACUGCUCUUUUCACUCAUGUGUUGUUAUUUGUAAAUCAAUAAUUCAGGUGCCUGUUACCAUUUCAUAGAGAGAUGAAGUGAAGAGAACCAAGCACCAUUUAUCCACUACGGUUCAUUUCAUAUUUCCAAAUUGAUUUAUUUUUUCCCCGAUUCAUUUGUAAGUUCCUUUAGUGAAGACUCAGGAAAGUCCAUGAGAUUUCUGGAGGGAGGCAGGACAAGGGGACCCUUUCAGUUUUUCUUUUUUUAAAAUUCAUCACCAGAGAGGAAAACAACAAAAACAGAAGCAGACAAUCUCAAAACCCCUGGAGGUUUGGUGUGAUCUCAUAAGCAGGUCGCUCCUUUCAGAAUGAGUUCCUUAGGUGGUAUUUUAACCAUUCAUCUAAAAUUAAUGAAUUCUUAGCGGCCCUUUGGAAGUUUGGGAAACAAGUCGAUACAAUUCUGAGUUGAGCAGCCCCUUUAUGACAUUCACCCUAUUCUCCUUCUCCAACCACCAAGCGGAGAGACAAGCCAGUCCUAAGAGAAUAAAGGCGUUGGCAGCCACUCUGGGUCCACUGGCUGCUGCUAAUCCUGCCCCUGGAUCUGAGGCCUCUCUUUAGCUGUGGAAAUAGGUGCUGGUAGCUGUAGGGAGCAUCGUCACCUAGGAAUCAGGAAUCAGACCCAAAACAGAAGUGCUUGCAGGUCAUGCUAGAUUGUCCACACAUCCUCAGAAGGCCUGGCCAGCCUGGCUCGGGCAAUUUGAUGCCCUAGGAGAGCCCCCGCCAUAUGAGGCUAAUGCAUUUUCUUGUUUCUGCAUUAUUUUCCCAGAUAGUAGGAAAGGCAGGGGUGCUUCUCCACAAGCCAGGCUCCCUCUUCACUUCCUCGUCAGUGUCAGCUCCCUGUUUUUCUCCCUCUUCUAUAUAUAUAUAUAUUCUGCCACCAUUUCUCUCUUCUUGAAUCCCUGGCUUCCAGCCACCGCCUCCUCAAUCCUCCCUUACAAGCCUUGACCUGGGCCUGGUUGACCAGAGACAAGAAUGGAUCAUUUGGGUGGUGGCGGAGGGAGAGAUCGCUCGGCCUGUGGGGGAGGAAUCUCCGUAAUAUUUCUUGGAUUCCAAAUUUCUGCAUAGUAGUACUUUUAAACUACAGAUUAUGAAAAUUAAUUUCAUAUAGAGAAAUACAUUCUCUUGCCAUAGUCUCCUUCUCGGUCUUCAAGGGAUGAAUGAAGAUCAGAUGUGAGAACUGGCCUUCCUUUCAGCCUAUGGAGCCGUUCUCAGUGCGUGACUCUCAUCAUGAUGCUCGUAUUUUCAGCUGUGACCACUCUGCACUAAUUAGGGCUUUAAAGCAUAUAAAAUGUUACUACUGUCUGUGAAUUUUAAACAGCUAUCGCAUAUUGAUCGCCCAUUAGCGCAUACCUUAUCACCUAAGAAGAAAAGCUGCGGUUCAUUUGAUCCAAGCCCGCCGCUGUCUUCUGGAUUCUUCUCCUGUCCAAAGCAGCUUUCCUUUGUGUGGCUGCCUUUGAGCUGCAUUGAGUUUGUUGUCGGGAAACCACAGCAUUAUUUCCUAAUCUUGGUGAUACUGAAAGUGUUCUUUUUUAAGAAUUGAGAUCUGAAAUACCGAUCUCUUAUGGGGUUUUCUACUAGCCUCUUAAUUUUAACUAGCUCCUUAGGACUGCAGAACUCCAACCCAAAGUUCUUUUGUACCUAAAUUUUGCUUAAGGCCUUCCUCAUGCCUAAAGUAAUUAAAUAUUGAUCUGUUUUUGCAACAAAAUUGAGGAGUCAUAUGAAUGGAGGAUCCUGCAUGGUAGUGUCAGCCCCAACUGGCAUGGGUACGUGGCCGUGUAUAACAAGCUGGUGCCAGUUUUCAUCACUGUUAUUAAACACAAGGUUGGUCACCUCACCAACUACAUUGUACAGAUGAGCAAUUACAGCAAAGAGAGUUCUUUAGAGCUUCCAUUCAUAUCUUUACAUAGUCAGUGAUUUGUUGAAGUUCAGCCUGAUCUUGAUUGUUAGGUCUUAGGAUGCAGUUCCCAGCACCUUCAUUGUUAAUGUUAAGGCUGGCCAUGCACUACUUCAUUUAUGUAAAAGAAAGAAGAGGAGUAAGUUAAGUUUCAGGGUCCUAGAAUUUUUCUGAUUGCCAUAAUCCUUGAAGAUAAGCAUCACCUGCAGUGAAAAUUUUUUUGGUACUUAACUUCAUACAAAACUUUACAGACCUCUGUAAUUUAACUUCCUGAUGCACAUAUGUACUUUGUAGUUCAAGCUUAAUAAAAUUAUCCAGCCACUUAGGAUUUCAAAAUACAUCAGCGAGAAUAGCAACUAGCAGAGUACUUCCAAUGGCUAAAAAAAAAUUUUAUAGAGAAUCUUGUGUUUCAAAAAAGAAAAGUUUGAACAGCUAUUAUUAAAGAAAAGCCAUUUCUUCCAUAUAUGAGUCAUGAAGAAUUAACACUUUUAAAACUUUUUAGAAAUCCCUGGAGGCAUUUCAGAUUCAUUGGUCCAACCUACCUAAGCACUUUAAAAUACACCCUCCGUUUGUUCCUCUGUUCCCCUUUCAUGCCUCCUUUUCAAUUGAUAUGCUCAGCUGUCAACAUUUCUUUCAGUUCAGCAUUGUCAUUUCAUUUCUUCACAUAAAUGUGUCCUUGGUUCUGUUUGCCUGUUAACUUCAUAUUGUGCCGCCACCCAAGAUAAGUUGCUCUAAUUCUACAGAUUGCACCUAUUCUCACAUUUACCUCAGGAAACUCACUUUAGUAUGUUCUCAUGCAUUGAAUUCUCAACUGGUAAAUAUCUCUUUAUAUCCAUAAACUAGUACCUAAUUCACUGUUAGUUAAAUGAGCCAUAGAUAAGGCAGCUAGAUUUCUGAAAGAAAGCCAGAGCAAGCGGGCCCCAUCAGACAUGAAGCAGCUGUUCCUCACAGAACAGCAACACAGCCUGGAGGGGGAGGAAAGUGCUUCGUGUCAAGGGUGGGGCCGUGCACACAUUGCCUUUGACAGUGACAGGGCCCUUCUUACAAGUAACUUUAGUGGGCGCUGGGAUGUCACUCCUUUCCCCACUGUACUCCAUCUAACUCACUCUGAGCCUGCCAACGUUUUUGUGAAACUUUUGAAAGGAAUUUGGCUGCAAAAGAUAACUCACCACCUUCCAUUGCAAGUUUUGCAAAGUGAAGAGAGGUUCAUACUUCUGGUGAUUGGUAUUUAGCACAAUUGUAAGACACAGUCAAUACUGUUUGUACCUUGGUUUUUCCAUUAAGCAUCUCUAGAGAAGACAAAAGCUUAAACCCGUGAUGUGGGUCCAUCAGAUUGUGUCUGCCAAGCCGUGCAAUAUUGGGCCAUUAAUAAAGGCCCUGUUGGUGAAAUUGGUGAAAUGACUUGUCGGAAAGUUGGACAGUGUAGGUUAGCUUCCCGCAUUGAUUGCUCGCGGGGGCGUUAGUCCCUUUGACUGUGAAUGCAGUCUCUAAAGAAACCCUUUGCUCUUACGAGGUAAUUUACAUAUUUGCUUUCUGGUGAAGUAACUGAAAAUGUUAAAUCUAACAGUUGAUUAUGUCUUGUAUAGAGAGUGUCACAUGUAUUUAAGUUGUGUAUUUUUAUAAAGUAAAGCCAAAUAUUGAACACUG